UGUGUUUUUGGGAAAGCGAGUGCGGUGCGGGGCUGACUGAGCUGAAGAGAGGGCGUUCGAGUGGAGGGCUGAGUUCCCAGUGCCGUGUGAGGCAGGCACAGAAAGAGGAGGAGCGAGCGAGCAAGGAACAGGCUGACUAGUGCUCUCGCUCUCAGUCUCCCCUCAGCGCACAGCACAGCCGAGCCUUUCUCUCCCUCUCUCUCUCAAGCACACAGAGUUAGCAGCCAGGAGUGAGGGUAGCAAGCAGAGCACCUGUCCCAGUCAUGCUACCCUGGAGACGGAGCAAAUUCGUACUGGUCGAGGACGAGACCAAAGGCAAGCCUAAAAGCCUGACUGCAGGGCUAACUUACCAUUCCAUCAUCUCGUCCCUGGUCCGAUCCUGCCCCGACCUGCUGCCCGACUACGCCUUCGAGCGCUUGGGGAGUGUCUUCCGCACCAAGAGGCAGAAAGUUGAGCUCAACAAGGACGAGCCCACUUACACAGUGCGCUACCUGGGCAGCACCGUCACCCUGAACGCUAAGGGGGAAGGCUGCACCGAGGAAGCGGUGGCCAAAAUCUGGAGCAAAAGUGACUACGGCGGGCAGAGCACAAAAAUGAAGUUGACCGUGGGGCUGCAGGGCAUCCGACUGAGCCACGACAAGGCGUCCAAGAAGCUGGGGAACCUCUUCGUCCUCCAUCGCAUCACGUACUGUGCGGCCGAUUCCCGACGACCCAAGAUCUUCGCUUGGAUCUACCGGCAUCAGAUCAAGAACAAGGCUGUGGUGCUUCGAUGCCAUGCGGUGCUAGUCACCAAGCCUGAGAAGGCCAGGGCCAUGGCAAUCAACCUCUACCAGACCUCCACUGCAGCCUUCAACGAGUUCAAACGGUUUAAACGGCAGAAUGAUUUCAGGCACUGCCAGCAGCAGCUGUUAGGGGGGGACAUGGUGCCAGGGAUGCCCCUACGGAGGGUGCUCAAUGGCCAGUGUCACUACCGGCCGCCCCUGGACAGCUCUCCUGGCGUCUACCGACUCGGGUCCAUCACCGAGGAGGAAGAAGAAGGUGACAAAGAAGAAAAUGAGAGAGACGUGAACAAGGUGGACAAAGAACGGGUCCAGUCAGGUCCCUCCAACAUUUCUUCACACGACAGGGACUUGGGUAAGAUAGUCAACAGACUGGACGCAUGCAGCCUUGGCAGCAUCAGAUGUCUGGCGAGGCAGUUCAGUAUCCGCAGACUCCUGUGAGAAAACUCUGCCACACUUUGCCACCAAGGACGCUGUCCUGUGGGCUUUACACUCUCUCCUCAUGGACAUGUGAGGUCCCUGUGAAGCCACAUCGACCUCAGUGACCGUGAGUGGGGGAUAAGAGACUUCUGGCUGAAAGGCUUCCCUUUCCCCUUGUUGCAGCAUUGUUUGUUGAGGAUUAUACCUGGAAGGGCUGUGAGGCUUUCACUACGAUAAUAUCACAAAGGGAACAAUGAACUCAGAAGCAAUCAGUUCACAGAGAGAGGAGUCACUUGGCUCACAGUGCAUCUUCCCGUCCUCUUGAGACCAAUUUCAGACGAAGCAGACAGUGAGAUACACUUUUCGAUUGCUAUGUACCAUUUAAAGUGUAGCUGUCAUCAAUGCUUACGACAAUUUUUCAUCAACUGAUUAGUCUUCGGGAAAAAUUCUUUGUAAUUUUUUUUUAAAAAGCCAAGCCUUCUGGAAUUUUCCACAGCUGAUUAAAUCUCUGAGUGUGCCCUCAAUCCUGAUAAGAGCAAAAAAUGAAGGACAGUUUUACUGUUACCAGGAAAAUGAAACACCCAAUGAAGUAAGCCAUAAUUUAAAAACAAAACUAUGAGGUUAUCUUGUUUAAAUCUGCCAUUUACUAGACCUUGCUUAUCACUUGUGCAUGCCAACUAGGUCACAUUUUAAUUUAAGCUUUUAAAGGUUACUUGUUUAUACAUUUGGAGUGUUUUAACUCUGCACUGUGAUAUCUGUACCUACUCAGAAUUCCAAUGUGGUUGGUUCGCAUUACUUUUUAUAAUGCAAUAAAAUGUGAUGAACCAACCUGG